UUUGUUUGACGUUUCAUGAUAAUGUGAUAAAUCGUGACUGCAACACGUUUUUUAUAUAUUUCAUAAUAAUUUUAAACUCCACCGCGUUGUGUUUAUUUUUACACUAGCAAAUAAAUUUAUAUUUCAGAGUAGAAAUAUAAUAAUAGCUGACCAUGAAGCCGAAUCAAGUGUUUGCCUGCUGUACUUGUGAGGUGAUAUUCCGAACACAGGAAUUACAUCGUGAUCAUUACAGACAAGAUUGGCACAGGUACAACCUGAAAAGAAAAGUGGCCAACCUCUAUUCCGUCACAGAGGCCGAAUAUAACGCACGGGUUAUGCAAAACCGCCAGCCCGAAGAAGGUGGAGAGCCUCUGUACUGCAAAGUUUGCACAAAGUACUUCGGUACCCAGAACGCACUGGACAAUCACUUGAAUAGUAAGAAACAUAAGGCUGCAGAAAGGAAUGCAAUAGAUGAGGAUUCUGGGGCAACAGUUGAGAAGGAACCAACUACUGAACACCCAAGUUCUGAACACCCCAGUUCCACAUAUGAUUUUGACAUGCUUGAUGCUGACUCUUGUGAUGAGGAAAUAGAAACAGAUUCUGAAAUUGAGGAGCUGGAUUCUGAUGAAUGGGAGAUGUGCAGAGUCAAAGGUAGUGACUCAUUAAUAAAGACGAGUGACUGCCUGUUUUGCGGCCAUCAUAGCAAGAAUGUGGUCAGGAAUCUGAAGCACAUGUCCAUAGCACACUCCUUUUUCAUACCUGAUGCACAAUACUGCAUAGAUGUGAAAGGCCUAUUGGAGUAUUUGGGAGAAAAGAUCUCUCGAGGUUAUAUGUGUCUGUGGUGCAAUGAAUCUGGCAAAACCUUCUACUCUAUGGAUGCUGCCCGCAAGCACAUGAUAUCAAAGGGACACUGUAAAAUGUUGCAUGAGGGCUUAGCGCUGGCAGAAUACGCAGAUUAUUAUGACUACAGUUCGUCAUAUCCAGAGUAUGCAGUGACUGCUGAAGAUGAAGAUUCUGAUGAAGAAGUGUACGGCCCCACUGUGUUGGAAGGCGAUGACUACCAGCUGGUACUGCCCUCAGGAGCUGCCAUUGGACAUCGUUCAUUAAUGAAAUAUUACAAGCAAAAUGUGAAUCCGGACAAACAAUUUGUGCUUAAGAAGCCAGACCGUAAACUGAAUAGACUUCUAGGCAUGUACCGUGGUCUGGGUUGGCAUCCAAAGGACCAAGCAUUAUCAGCUAAGAACGCCCGCGAUAUCCAGUUCAUGAAGCGUAUUCACGCUAAAUGGCAGAUGAAGCUUUCGUUGAAGGCUAACAAAUUCCAAAAGCAUUACAGGCCUCAAGUCAACUUCUAAAGCGUAGGAUUUUUAAAUUCGCCGUCUUUAAAAUUUGUUACUGGUGUAGUAUAUUACGGCCUUAGACAAUAUAAACAGCAUAUAAUUUCAAAACCCUUAAAAUUGGGAUUAUAUUUCUUUUUCAUUCAUAAGUUGAAUCACUGUUUGACUGGACUUUAAUCUAGAACGGAUUUUGAAAUUAAUUGGCAUAAAUAUAUUAACGCCAAUGUAAAGUCUGUUAUUUGGAAUAUCUCCAUGGUUUACAGUCUCUAGGAAUCUAUUUUAUAAGCAGUUCUUCAAUAGAAAAUGUAAUAUAAUUAUUUUUUAUGUAAUGAUUUUACAAAUAAAUUUUUGGAACCACUUUUGGAAAUGCAUUAAGUGGAAUUUAUUGUUUCCUUCAAUUUUUGAAGUAUGUAAGACUUUUUUAAAUUGUGUGUUAACCUAGAAUUGAUGUUAAAUGUCUAUUAUACAGUAUAUAACCAGUAAUGUCUGUGAGGGUAAAACAUAAAUACACGUAAAUUCAGUAAAUCGGUUAGAAAGUCCACAAUAUUGAAUGUCUAUGAUUACGGUAGUAAAUUGAUACGUACUAUUCAUUCUGAAAUUAUAAAUAAUAAAAGAAUACUUAUACAGGC